AUGACUGCCUCACAUAAACGUUCGUGGUGUCAAAUAUUGUUCGCCUAUCGAACGUUGAACGAUCCUGUUAUCAUUUUAAUCACAUUGGCCGUGUUAAUUGGUUCAUUUUGUUUGCUCAGUGGCUUUAUACUGCUCUGUAUGGUCUCAAAGGCCUGGCAAGAUGAAAUAUCCGAAGCCAUUUUACUGAUAGGCAUUGGCUUCUUCAUCACUUCGUUGUCUUGUGUCACUUGGAAAUUGACAAAUGCCCAGAGGCUUAAUCAAUUGCUGGAGGCCAUCAGUACGGAGUCGGAAAAUAUUUAAAUUAAA